GGCAAUACAUACGUUUAGGGCAUACUUACUUCUGAUGCUGAUCUCGAAAGUUAAUGUUAGACCAGCCUCGGGAUCUAGCACAAUAGUCGUCACCGCGUUGAGAAGCUUUAAGCAUCUACCAACCUUGAAGAAAUAUAAUCUAAUCAAGCCUGAGCAUAUUCACGCACACUCAUUCCACUGCAACCACCGAUUGUUGAGAGGUGUAGGUACCAUGUCCAUAGCCGAAAAUCUUCAGGGCAUAUCUGAUCGAGUAAAGACCGCUCAUGUCAACUCUAAAUUUGCUGACAACGCCGAGCCAACACUGGUAGCUGUGUCGAAGACUAAACCCGUCAGUGACCUGCAGGAGGUGUAUGAUGCCGGGCAUAGGCACUUCGGCGAGAAUUACAUGGAUGAAUUGGUAAUCAAAUCAGCUGAGCUGCCAUCUGAUAUCAAAUGGCAUUUCAUCGGCCACCUACAAAGCAACAAAUGCAAAGAUUUGGCAGAGAUUCCAAACUUAUAUUUGUGGGAAACAUGCGGGAAAGAGAAGACGGCCAGAAAAAUGAAUAGGGCGCUGGAGUCGAGGGAUAACAAAGACCCGCUGUUAACUCUCCUGCAAAUCAACACGAGCGAAGAAGAUAAUAAGAAUGGGUGUGCUGUAGAGGAUGCGGUACAACUUGCACGCGUUGUGAUUGAAGAGUGCGACCAGUUGAAGUUGGCGGGAGUAAUGACGAUCGGCAAAUUUGGAAGGGACGAGUCAGAAAGACCGAAUCCCGAUUUUGUGGCACUGUUGGAGGUGCGCGCUCGGAUCUGUGACGAGUUUGGUUUUGAUCCCGUGAGUUUCCAAGUGAGUAUGGGCAUGUCCGGCGACUUUGAACAUGCGAUUGAACUUGGAAGCACAAACGUCCGCGUGGGAUCGUCUAUAUUCGGAGCACGGGGGAAAAAGCCAUCAGCAACUUGAAAGCAAAGUAUUACUCUAGACUAUCUUGCGACGCAAGCGCUUUCUUGUGCAGACUUAAGCUCGAGUAUAAGUGUGAGGGGACUGAGUUUGCAACCCAUUUGAGGUAUACAACUGGUCGCCUGAUGCGCUGUGAUAAAAUUCGUCUGCAUUUUGGCGCUGCAAUUCGCAAGUUUGCCAGCUAUUCAGCUAUUCUUGUAAAAGCAACAUGAAGCGGAUCAGCCCUUGUAUUGCAUAGAGGCUGGCUGCAAUCGGUAUACACGGCAUAUUUUUAGUGACAACAACCCAAUCCGAUCCUGGUGUAAUUAAUACUGGGUGGUUCGUCGUCGACUCGGAUCUUGAAACGCAGCGAGAUUCUGAGUGGUGCACAUUGGGAACUAUCGCUGUACUUGCUCACACGAGGCACUAAUAAAACUGAUGUCAUAAACUGCA